GUUAAGAUGGUUAUGGCUUGAGAAAACUGAACCUGCAAAAGCAUGGGCUUUCCUUCCUGUCCAAGCUCCACCACAGUUGCUGCCAGAGCAAGGAAGAGGAAGGUGUCUGAUGCUCUAGACAAUAGAAAAUGGGUAUCUGAUAUAAAAGGAGCACUCACAGUAACUGUUCUGACUGAAUAUAUUCAUCUGUGGGAGUUACUUUCAACUGUGGUGCUGCAGCAAGAUGUAGAAGAUUCCCAUGUUUGGCAAUUCUCCACCUGUGGCCAGUACACCACAAGAUCUGCUUACAAAGCUCUAUUCAUUGGAGCUGUUCAGUUUAAACCCUGGGAGAGAAUUUGGAAGAGUUGGGCACCUGGAAAAUGUAAGUUUUUUAUGUGGACAGUAGCACACAAAAGAUGUUGGACAGCAGACUGGCUGGCAAGAAAAGGGCUACCACAUCCUGCUACCUACCCACUUUGUGACCAGACUCAGGAAACAGUCGAUCAUCUCCUGGCCUCAUGUGUCUUUGCCCGCCAGAUGUGGUUCACCAUGCUGCAGAAAUUUGGCCUGCAAGUGUUGGCUCCAGACCUUGAUGAUGAAAUUUUUGAGGAUUGGUGGGCCAAUGCAAGUGCAAGUGUCGCUGGUCAGUCCAAAAGGGAUUGAACUCCAUCAUCAUUUUGGGAGCAUGGAACUUGUGGAAUCACCGCAAUCGCUGCAUUUUUUACGGUGCUUUGCCCAGUAUCACCAGCAUCAUUGAA